GGGGUCUGUGGAUUGGCUCGGAUCGAUAAAGCACACAUAAUAGCUCCGGCAUAGAAACCGCAGGAUAUUUUAAUCUAUGUAGACGACUCCACAAACCAGCACGGGUGAGGAGGGCACAGCACGUGUCACGUAAAUGAGUGGAAAGGGGACAUUAAUUGGUGUUGCAGAAGCACGACAGAUGCUGUAGGUUCAGGCAGCAAGGCUUCUCCACCCUUCCAGCUCGGAUCUGUAAUUCACACGACACGGGGCGCCUGACGGAUCUCCAUUGGGCUUUUGCGCCGGAUCUCCCACAGCGCCGCUGAAAACUGCCGCCUCUCCAUCACCGAGCCCGUCGGCGCCAGAGGACGAGAAGAAGAUCGUGCUUUCCCUGCCAUGUGCGGAGCGACAUGUAUGCGUGAUUUCAUGCGGUGACAGCGGACAGGGGAAUGGAGCAGUUGUCAUCAAAUUCCUGCAGACGCACCGACGGUGAUACAUUGAAGGCUGUCGUGUAGAGAGAAGACCUUCAUACGCAGCAGCCAAUCCGAGACACUCGGGUUGUUGUUUUUUUUGUUUUGUUUGUUUGUUUUUUUAUCAUCAGCGAAAAGGAUCAGUGGUCAGGUGUCGGCUUUUUCAUGUCAUCCACAACAAUGGGGGAGCAGCCCAUCUACAGCACCCGGGCCCACGUCUUCCAGAUCGAUCCAAACACCAAGAAAAACUGGCUGCCUACCAGCAAGCAUGCCGUCACUGUCUCCUACUUCUACGACAGUACGCGCAAUGUCUACCGCAUCAUCAGCCUGGAUGGCACCAAGGCAAUAAUCAACAGUACCAUCAGUCCGAACAUGACGUUCACAAAGACCUCACAGAAGUUUGGCCAAUGGGCGGACAGUCGAGCAAACACUGUCUAUGGCCUGGGAUUCUCCACUGAGCAUCAUCUCGCCAAGUUCGCAGAGAAAUUUGCGGAGUAUAAAGAAGCAGCACGGCUUGCUAAAGAGAAGAGUCAAGAAAAGAUGGAGAUGGCCACGUCUCCCUCUCAGGAGUCUCCAGGAGGCGAGCUCUCGUCACCUCUGACCCCGGUGACUCCGCCCAUGGAAAACAUCAACGGCACAGAUGAAAUCUGUGACACGACUCCCAAUUCAGACGCCCUUCCAGGGCCAGCGCAGAACGCACUGGCCUUUGCACACAGCCCCGCCAUGACAAAACACUGGGAGGCUGAGCUGGAGGCACUAAAGGGGAACAAUGCCAAGCUAACAGCAGCUCUGCUGGAGUCCACAGCCAACGUCAAACAGUGGAAACAACAACUGGCUGCCUAUCAGGAGGAGGCCGAGAGACUACACAAACGGGUGACAGAGCUCGAGUGCCAGAGCAACCAGACCCCGGUGAUCAAAUCCCAGAAGACUGAACUCAACCAAACCAUAGAGGAACUGGAGACUACACUAAGGGAUAAAGAAGAGGAAAUGGAAAAGUUGAAAGAAGAAUUGGAAAACAUGAAUGACUUGAUGGAGCAGAAAGACACCCUUACCCAGAAACUCGAGGAGACGGAGCUGCGUGGUCGGGUGCUGGAGGAGCAGCUUGCGGGAGCUGAGCAGCGGCUGGAGGAGAACCAAGAGGAGCAGGAGAACUUCAGGAAGAGCCUGCGAACGCUACUGGAGCUGCUGGACGGCAAGAUCUUUGAGCUGACGGAGCUCAGAGACACCUUGGCUCGGCUCAUAGAGGAGGCCAGCUAGAGACGGAGCUGCCCGAUCUUCACAGACAGAACCAUAUGAUGAUUUACACCUUGACACCCCAAACACACCCACAUUUAUUCUCUCCACAACACGCCCUAAUUUCCUCCUACAACCCACACACAUUCAAACUGAGACACUACACUGCCCCUUUUAUGAUUUUGCUCCAAAAGGGCAGCUAACCCCCCAUUUAUACCUGGCAGGCAUCAGGCUCCAACCAACCGCAGGAACUCCUGUAGUUCAGAACAACACAGGGACUACCUCAUCUUGCCUCCUGAUUGGCUGGUGUAGGCGUAACCUCGGUUGAAUUGAUAUCUCCAGUUGUAGAGACUCCUGUCAUGGCACAUUGCAACUGCCCCCCGCCCCCACCCCCCACCCACCCCCACCUCCAAUCCACCCACCCCCACCUCCAAUCCACCCACCCAGCACUCACAAAGAGUUAACUUGAGAACUGUGCCUCAGUGCCAUCUGCUGUUUUACUGGGAGAGCUGCAGCACAGCUUGCAGCAUCACAACACACACACACACACACACACACACACACACACACACACACACACACACACACACCCUUUUCUUCCUUUCUAAACUGCCCCCCCCAAGGGGAAUGUUGAAAGUCAUGUGGAAAUAAUUGCUGUUAAGACUCAGAGAACUGCGCCAAAGCUGCCAAAUCCCCCCAAAAUAUUCUCCUCUAACUAGCAGAUGCUUUGAUCCAAAGUGACUUACUGUACAGAGAAGUGCUGCAUAGAGGAACAGAGUUCCAUGUUUGAGCUCGGGCUGCCAGAGGAGUGUCGCUGGAAACAGAGAAUUAAAGGACGGCUCUCGAAAAACAUCAACGCUGCUCCCCAGCCUGGACACACAGGGCUGCUGGGAGAUGAAGUUUGCUUCGAUGAAUGACUGCAAUGUAUCCACAGCUUAUUUAAAAUCCUACAUGCUAGAUGAGUAUUGAAUCUUCCUGAGGCAUCGUUCGUGCCACACAGAAAUUUUAAGAGGGCACGUGCCCAUGUUAGAUAUGACAUGAGACUUCCUGUAUCCAGACUGCCUCCACCGUCACAGACAACUGACCUGUCUUCCUGCCAAACUCAGUGUGGAGUGUGUUCCCCAACAAGGCCUGACCUUCGACAUAGUGUGUGCCUUCAAAGCACAUAUACGUGGACACAUGUUUGUAUAUAAUAUGUGUGUUUGUUCUGUGCUGUGACAGAAAGACCCCGUAUUUUGGACAUCAAGGCCUACACACAAACACACAAGCAUAUAUAUCCACACACACACACACACACACACACACACACACACACACACACACACACACACACACACACACACACACACUGAGCAAUACCAGACAGGCUCUAUACGACACCUCUAUCUUACUCUAUCAGGUACUCUACUCAGUGGACUCAUGCAGAUAGGUCAAAUGCAAUUCAGCUGAUCCCCCCGUCCGACAGAAAGUAUACUACUGUUGACCGCUAACCUGUGUGGCAGCCCUGUCAGGACGAAGUAGUGCAUCGUGAAGGGCUUAUAGAGUGUCAUCUACGUGUUCGUAAAAUCUCCACCCUCAGUGAAGCUGGCCACAGAAUUUCACUCCUCACGGGUGAACAUAGAACUGUACUCAGUUUCUAAUCUUUUUUUACACAGGAUAUAACACCGAUGAUAUAACAAUAGAACUGUAUAAGUCAACUUUCUACUCAUGACAGCAUUGUAAAUGAAUGGAUGGAUAACUCGAAUGCAGUUACGCCCUGCAGUGGCUUAUUGUUGUGUAUUAACCCACCGAAGAAGUACUGCAUAGUUAUCAUAGAGUAUCGAGUCUGCAGGUAAACAAUGAAGACCUCUUCAGUAUAUAUUCAAAAUGCGUAACAACACAAUGUUAACGGUGUCAAACAUCCUAUGCCAAAACAUGCACUUAUAAAGCAGCUCCUGUAACCGGUACGAUCCCAAACUGCGUCUUAAAAUCUCUUCCUUUGAAACCACUGAAUUUUUGAAAAAGCUACAGUGUCACAUGAAAUGCUGCUGAUCUUACCUUUUAAUUGAGCACCCUGUUUGCACUGUGUUAUUACACUGUUGUAACUAUAUUAUACAUCAAGAGAUUUUCAUUAAAUACUGGCACAGCAUAAUUCUGUACUUAAAAUAUUGUAGCUAGUUACACAGGUUAAUACACUGGAAUAAGACCCAUGAUAAGGGGAAAGUUACCCAUUUCUUUUCUUUCUGGUUUAUCUUUGACAGUCGAAUGACAGAGAUGGAAUACCUUGAUAUUAAUGCUAUUGUUAAUGAAUGCCUUUGUACAGUAGUGGAUAAGAAGCUUUUCAUUCUCCUGUUUUGUAACUUAUGGUAUUUAAAUGUAGGUAUUAUUAUUGUAUUUAGAGGUAUGAGAAGACUGGCAAUAUUUUUGACUAUUUAAAGUAAUUUUGAACUCCUGAUAUUAAAGAGGUACCUCAGGCAAAUGAUGUUCAUAGAUUGGUGAGACUUGUGUGUGUGCAGGUUUGAGGGAUUUACCAAAUGCUGGUGGGAAAAAAAAAAAAAAAAGUGAGAGAGAGCGAUCAGGAGACACACAUGUUGGUGCUUCAGCCAAACUAAAUUCUUUGUUGAAUUCAAACAAAGACAGCAGCCCCUCCAGGCUGAGAACACACCUCUGUGAACUGAGAAAUGCUAUGUUUUAUAUUCAAAUACAGUGACCGCAAAAUUCAGUGUGUGCAAAUGUAUUUUUUUCUGUUUCAUUCUUCUUCUUCUUCUUCUUUUUUAAAACAGAUAAUCAACUAAAUCAUUCAACAAAGAAACAGGCAAUCGCAGAAUUUGCUUCACAAGGUUUUAUUCAAAUGCAGGGGCAAGAUUGUAAAUAAAAUGGAAGGACUAAAGGCAGAAAGGUAUUCUUGAAACAGUGUGUUUACACACAAAAUAUAUAAACACAACUGCAACAUUUAAUAAGUCUGUCGUUUUAGGCAAUUAAUCUGACCUCAUUAUCACCCAUUAACUUGUUUCAUCCUUUUUUGUGUAUUCUCCAUAUUGAUAUUGCACUUCUCAAGUGACUGACUGGCUUAUUCAGACAGCGGGGUCAUAUAGUCAGCCUGUGUGGAUAACAGGUCUACAUAGGAAAUGUUCAGAAGCAAACACAUCACAACACAAUUUGGCUUGAAAUGCUUUGGAAAACAAGAUACAACCGAGGCAGUGAAAUGCAAUGUAAAAAUUACAGUUAGCUGACAGACAAGCUGAGUUGAGGUUAUUCACAGAUCAGUGUUAAAGACAUGACAGUGUGUUUCUUAGGUCAGUCAGGUGAUGGGUAGUUGAUUCAAGGCAAAUGUGCAGCAGUUUCCCAAAAACUUUUGAGCUCGUUGUUUGGUGGAGCAGCGUAAACCUUUGCACUAGAAUCAUUUUCGGAAAAUCUACUCUCGUCAGUUACGGUGACAUUAUGUCGAACAAGGUCAGGGUUCGGUUUAAAAUCAAGAGUCAGGUUAGGGUUAGAUCUCCGUCUCAUGCUACACGAUGAGGGUACCAUGGAAGAACAUUGUGCUGAUAGUGACAGAGGACGUGUAAAAGUGCCUCAGGUUUUCUCUGCCAGCAAAAAAAAAAA